CGUGCAAAUCGUGGGGAACUGGAAAUCGUCCUCCACGGGAACAUCAGAGUCAAAGUCAUGUCGAUGGGCCGCAGAGUCUUGUUGGCGAGUAGCGAUGCGCUCCGUGUCAGGACGAGUGGCACGGGACGGAGCCUUCGCAACAGCGCAAGUCUGUUUGCUCGUUUGCGAAAAGGGUUCAGGAAGAUGUUCCGGAUCAAAAUGACGUCGCGCGUGCAACAAAUGCUUGAAGACGAAGACUGGGUACUGCUGAGAAGCGGCGAACCACGUUCUCGAUACUCCUUGAUACUCAAUCAACCUCCGGAGCAAAAAGGAAGAGACGACGGAAACGCCAUCGUCAACGAUAUGGUAAUCUGUGAUAACAAGAGAAUCAGGAGGAACGAGAGUUCAUGCACAGAGCGCACGGCAGUCGACGAAGACGCAGCCAUGAACACGCUUCCAGCAACUAACACCACCAUAUCUUUACUCAACCUCUUGCUGGCCGUUUCUGUAUCUGGUUUCGCCGUCUUCGGAUCAUCUUUCUUUAUAUUUGCCGCCACUUAUUAUCCUCAGAGAUGGCGUUGCGAGCGAGUCUGGGGCGGUGAUAUUUCUUUUGGCUCGGCUAAGGACACGCGGUGCUCCCCCUCAUCUGCAGGUAUAAUUUGCUACCUAGCCGAUCUGUCGACUACCGUCAUUCAGGCCCUCCACACCAUAACUUCGGGCAUCCAGUACCCGGUAUAUGUUGAACAACACUACGAGGGAACUUCGGAAAAUACCGUUAACUCAGACACGUACGUUGGAAUGAAGCGCUGCAAUAUUUCACAGACUGAGAAGGUCGCACAUUUGGGUAGUAUUUUGGCCGUGAUCUGGAUCCGAUGGCUUUUGCCGGGCAGUGCAGACAGAUGUCGACAGUGAGAUAUCUGUCAAUAGGAAGCAAAGACAAAAUAGAAUGCGCACGCGCACAGCAGUGUGGACGCGACUGCGGAGCCGAGGCUCCUGCCGGCAAACAAGGCGACUCUGACACACAGACCAUGUGAUUGACCCGAAUCAAUCAUAUUGUGGGGCGUAGAAUCCAAAACCAUUGUAUGAAUGAAUGUAGACGCAUGGCCUGUACGAUACAAUACGCUUCACGUGGAGUGGUGGGAGAAGACGGUCAACGAAUAGCCACUCAAACUCAACCCUCAAAAAUUUAUGACUCUCAGGUACUGAACGGACCACCCAUGCCAUGCGUGGCUGUUCUCCGCAUCAUGGCAGCCCGGAAAUUGACGGUGCCAAUCCCGUUCGGUCCUAGUAUCGGCAACGAC